AUGGCUGCCGGACAGGAAGGGGAGCAUCACGCUGCUGCUGUGCUCAAUUUAGCAGUCACGGUCUUGCAGAACUUGAAGGAUCAACAUGACUGGACCGACUUGAAGCUCGUUAACGACCUGGGAGGGCCUCGAUCAUUAAUCCGAGGGCUCCCGCCGAAAAGAAUUUACAUACAUCCUGAUGAUCAGAUAGCGGCUCUCGCUCAGCAUGCAAGCACGGGGGAACAGCUCUUUCAGGCGCCCCAGUACGAAUGGGUCCUGCCUGUUCAUAUCAACGAGAAAUGGUGCCUAGCAAGAUUUGCAGCUGUCUUUGCUUCUCUUCCCAGCAAAGACUCGCAUCAAAAACGAAUCGUCCUUGCGAUACUUCACGCCGAUUCCACCGUGGUUUACUACUUUAUGCAUGAAGGAAUCGUCAAGCCUCGUCAGAAUUAG